AUGGAGAAGGAGCUGUUGGAGUUGUUCGAAGCGGUGAAGAAAUCGGCGGACGCCGCCACGUCUUGUGACGGAGGAGCCGAGGAAAGCCAAUGCCUUGAUGCCUUGGAGCAGCUCAAGAAUUUUCCCGUCACUUAUCAACUCCUCAUCUCAACCCAAGUUGGAAAGCGUCUUCGACAUCUCACAAAACAUCCCAGAAAGAAAAUCCAGACAUUUUCUUCUGCCCUGAUUGAUACAUGGAAAGGGAUUGUUAUCAAGGAAGCAAACAAAGAUGCGAAAAACGGCAACUUGGAAAGAAUAGACUCUCUAAAACGUGCGUCUCCAAGUGCGGAGAGUCCCAGGGCUGAGAAGGUUCAGAAGACAUCUGCUGUGAAGGUAGAGAAGGUUUCAAAGGCGGAACCUGUUGAGAUUAAGAAGGUUGAUCGAGGUGUUAAACCAAGCUCUGACAAAGCUUAUAGUUCUGAAACUGUCAAGACAGAGAGAAAGGUUCAAAAUGCUAAUGCUGUCAAGACAGAGAAAGCCGCUUCAGCAGAGAGUGUUAAGGUUGAAAAGAUAGCCAAAGAAGUGAAGAAACCGGCACUGAACUCCUCUGCUCCCCCAAAGUUAACAUCUAUGAUCAAGUCUAAUGAUACAGCACGGGACAGAGUAAGGGUAAUGCUGCAUGAGGCUUUGUCCAAGGUUUCUCAGGAGGCUGACGAAAGAUUUGCAGAUUAUGUGAAUGCAUCUGAUCCUAUUAGAGUUGCUGUGACUGUGGAAUCUGUGCUCUUUGAGCACUGGGGUGGUUCCACUGGUGCCCAGAAGGCAAAGUAUCGAUCUUUAAUCUUCAACCUCAAGGACCAAAAGAACCCAGAUUUCCGUAGAAAGGUUCUGCUCGGAGACAUCGAGGCAGAGAGGCUGGUGGACAUGUCAACGGCGGAAAUGGCAAGCGAUCAGAGGCAGGAGGAGAACAAAAAGCUUGAACAAAAAGCCUUGUUUGAGUGUGAGCGUGGAGGUGCGCCAAAAGCUACAACCGAUCAAUUCAAAUGCGGUCGAUGCGGGCACAGGAAGACCACCUAUUACCAAAUGCAGACCAGGAGUGCCGAUGAACCUAUGACAACAUAUGUAACAUGUGUAAACUGCAACAACCGUUGGAAGUUCUGUUAG